AUGAGAUUAGGGUCUUUGAUCGCCUUCGUGGCCGCCUUUGCCACGUCCGUAAGGGCCCAGAGUGUCCUUCAACAGUUGGCAAAGCAGAUGCCCAGUUGCGCUGUGGCUUGCAUCACCGAGGAACUGCCCAAAUCGCAAUGCGCCACGAACCUCACUUCGGAGUGUCUAUGUACCAAUGUCGCUUUGAAGACUGCCGUAGCCGCUUGCACCUUGCAGACUUGCAGCGUUUAUGAGACUCUUCAAACCAAGAACGUUAACAGCCAAGGCUGCGGUGAGCCCGUUCGUUACAAGGGCGAUCAAUUCAUCAUUAUUGGUAUCACUGGCAUCAUUUUCGCCGUUGUGGCUUUCGCAUUGAGAAUGGCUGCAAGUUUGGGAAGAGAUGGUCGUCCACUAGGGUGGGACGAUGCUACCAUGGCUGUGGUCGUUGCGCUUGCAAUCCCUCCUGCCGUCUUCGCACCUAUGCUGGUUGACAACGGACUGGGACGCGACAUAUGGACGUUGAAGGCCGACCAGAUUACGAACUUCCUCAAGUUGUUCUUCAUGGGAGAGAUCUUUUAUGUCCUUGCCCUCGGUAUCUCCAAGAUCUCAAUACUCUUCUCCUUCCUCCGCGUCUUCCCGGCCAAGGAUUUCCGUAUGCAGGUGUACGGCGUGAUGGGUCUAUCCGUAGCCUUCACGGUCGCCUUCUUCUUCGCAACCACCUUUCAAUGUAUACCUGUCAGCUUCGCUUGGACCACCUGGGACGGCCUGCAUGAAGGUAGAUGCAACAACGUACACCUCCAGGGUUGGAUCUCCGCUGGUAUCAACAUCGCUCUGGACAUGAUUGUUAUGAUGCUACCGCUGAAGCACUUGUGGAACUUGAACAUGAACCUCAAGAAGAAGAUCAUGGUCAUAGCCAUGUUUUCGGUGGGCAUUUUCGUCAUCUUCACCUCGUCCAUCCGCUUGUACUCUCUCGUCCAUUUCGCCAACUCGAAGAACCUCACGUGGGACUAUGUCGAAGCUGGCUACUGGAGUUUGAUCGAGAUAGAUGUUUCCAUAUUUUGUGGAUGCAUGCCUGCCCAUCGAAUGGUCUUUGUGAAGGCGUGGCAAAAGCUAGAAACGACUUACAACUCAAGCAAGGCCAAAUCGACAAACGUUUCCGGGAAUUCGAAUUCCACCAACUCCAGGGUGACAACGACCAGUAAGAUGAGUAGAACAUCGGUCAAGCCAAUCGCGGGAGACGAGAGCGAUUUUAUACCAUUGGUAGAUGUCGAAAACGAAUCGCACUCGGAUCAGAAGUCAAUGGCUUAA